GACGACAGCUAGCAUAAAUACGAGACUUUUUUUUAUCAAUUUAUUUUUCAUCCAAAACAUCUUAAAAAUUUAAUUUUAUUUUUAUUAUUUUUUGUUAAAAUUAAUUUAAAAUGUCUACAGAUAUUAUAGAGGUAAAAUGGUAUAAAAAAAUUUUACAAUGGUGUAAACUUAUAACAAUUGAACCAACAAUGUUUCUUUACAUGUUUGCUAUUAUGUUCACAUCAGUUGUUGAACAGGCAUUUUUUGUAAGGAAAGCAUGUCUUGUAAAUCAUAAUUAUACAGUUGAAAUAUGUGAUAAUAUUGUACAUCAUGAAGAAGUUAAUAUAAAAGUUCAACAUACAACUUCAAAUUUUUUUCAAUAUGAAAGUAUAGCUGCACAUAUAUUUCCUAUAAUAUUGGCUUUAUUUCUUGGAGCAUGGUCAGAUAAAAGAGGUAGAAAACUUCCAUUAUUAUUAGGAUUAACUGGAAAAUUUAUAUUUUAUGUAAUGAUGAUUAUAAAUGAAAAUCAACCAUCAUGGCCACUAGAAUACGUAAUAUAUACAGCAACUUUACCAUGCUCUUUAACGGGAGGUGAUAUUGCAAUAUUUGCUUCAAGUUUUGCAUAUAUAACAGAUGUGUCCACAUUACAAAGUCGAACAAUUCGUGUUACAAUUUUAGAAGCUGUAACAUUAAUAACAACACCAACUGGAGUUGCUCUAGGAUCAUAUUUAUUUCAUAAAGUUUUAAAUAAAUCAUUUAGUUGGAUGUUUGCAAUAACUGCCAUUAUGAUAUUGACUGCAAUUCUUUACACAUUUUUAGUAUUAAAAUGGCAAAGUAAUCCAAAACAACGAUCUCUAAAAGAAUUGGGAUGUUGUGGAAUUUGGCGUGAUUAUUUCGAUAAGCAACAUGUAUUCGAUUCAAUAAAAGUAUUAACAAAACGUCGAACUCAAAGCCGAAGAUUAUUUUUAAUAUUAAUUCUAUUCUCAAUGGCACUUUAUACAUUUGUAAGAGAUGAAAAAGCAUAUCUGUUUCUACAUACACAACAUACAUUUGGUUGGGAUGUACAAGAUUUUAGUAAUUAUAAAACAUUUCAAUCAUCAGCCUAUAUUGUGGUUCUAUUCAUUGCUGUACCAGUUAUGAAUAAAAUUUUUAAAUGGAGAGAUACUGUCAUAAUUUUAUUUGGAUGUAUUGCACAUGCCAUUGCACGACUUAUUUAUUUCUUUGCUGAUACCUCACUUAUUUUCUAUUUAGGUAGUAUUGUUUGUUCAUUUGGUCCAAUUGCUGGACCAGCACUAAGAGCAUUUACAUCAAAAAUAAUACCGGUUGUAGAAAGAGGAAAAGUUUUUGCUUUACUUUCUGUUUGUGACAAUGCAGUUCCAUUUAUUAGUGGUGUUCUUUAUACACAAGUUUAUAAUGCUACACUUGGUAGCAUGGCUGGAUUAUUUUUAUUAAGUUUUAGUUUUUUAAUACUAGCUAUUUGUUUAAUCUCGAUAAUUCAUUUUAAGCUCGGCCAUGAUCCAAUUAUAAUUACUGAAGAGAUUUUAGAUAACAAGAGUGAAUCAGUAGCAAGUUUAGUUUCAGGAAAUUCACCUAAAACCAAUAAGGAAUUGAAUACAAAAACCUGAAUAGAUUU